UUUUUUAUUUGGUGUUAUAGCUGAAUUUCUUUCUUGUUUAUGGGUGAUGAUGCAUCCUUAUCUAAUUGGGUCACAGACCAAUUAUAUAAUAUACUUGGCUAUGCGGAAGGUUCAAUGGUUUCAUAUAUGAUCCAUUUAGGUCGUCGCACAUCAAGCUCAUAUGAGUUUGAAUCUGUUAUGUUGAACGAGUUAGAUGGCUUGUGUAGUGUACCAGAAAAAGUGAGACAAUUUGCCCGAGAGCUAUAUGAAAAAAUAGGUAAAUCUAGCUUUGGCCUAUCAGAAGCGCAGAGCAGUAGCCAAAUAUCCAGUCCUUCGAAGACAGCUGUUUUUACACUGGGAGAGGAAGCGGUACCAGGUGAGAAUGAAGAUGCAGUGAGCAGCACGCUUUUCAAAAAAGAAGUAGCAGGUAAGAAAGAACGUUAUCUAAGAAAGAGGAACAUAUCUCAAAUGCUGAAUGAUGAUGAAGAUAUAGAAGAAACUGCAUACGAAAAGGAUCAGAGAGAAAAGAAGGAAUACGAGGAGAGACUGAAGAAAAAGGAUGAGCUUCAGACAAAAAAAUGGGCUGUAGAAACGAGCAACGAUGAGUUGAAGGCGAACCAAGAGAAGGAAGAACUGACACAGGACAAAGAGAAAGAUCAAUCUUCUGAUAAGGGUAAUGCUUCAGAACCAUUAUUGGAUGCAACGGCAUCUAUAUCUAGAAGUCGAGUGCUAUCGCGCCGCGCGUAUUUAGAGGAGCGUAGUGAGAAAAAGCUGUUAGAGUCAGAAAGGGUUUUAAAGGCAGAGGAUGAAUUGUUUCGUUCACAGUCUUUGACAGUGACUGAGAAAAGGCUGCAUGAAUUGGAUAUGGAAAUUCUUCAGUUUUCUAAGCAACGUAUGCGAACUUUAGAUCAGACAUAUGAGCAGAUGCAGGGUCUGUCUUACCAAGUGCCGACACAUCAAUUAUUGACCGAGGAUGGAAAACUGGAUCUGAAGAAACGAGAAGAGUACUUUAAAACGUCAUUUUCAGCAUCUACCGAUCCAUCAAGGCCAAGGCGAUGGGCUGUGGAUAGAGAAAUGAGAGACAACACAAAUGAGGGAUAUAUGAAAGCUGAAGGACAGAUAUGGGAAGAAGAGCAGAUGAAAAAAGCUAGCUACUUUGCAUCAACAGACACAAAACAGGGGUCGUCGACAGCGCGUUCCAAGUAUGAUCUAGUCUUCGAUCCUAUUGACUUUUCUGCUCAGGAACAACUUCCAGGGUAUAAUUACAGAGGAAAAGAUGCAAAUUUGACCAAAAUGGAUAUCAAGAGGAGUACAGAUCAGGAAAGUGGAACGGUGAAUGCGGAAUGGCAGUCUCUGCGCCGAGUUCGCGAGUCGUUGCCAGUAUUUGCCUUUAGGGAUCAAAUUUUACGGGCAAUCGAUUCCUAUCAAAUUCUGGUGGUGGUUGGAGAGACAGGAAGUGGAAAAACGACUCAGCUGCCUCAAUACUUGUAUGAAGCUGGCUAUCACCUCCGUGGCAAAAUAGGGUGUACUCAACCACGCCGUGUUGCAGCGAUGAGUGUGGCAGUACGCGUGGCAAAAGAAAUGAACGUGAGACUUGGUGAGGAAGUAGGAUAUAGCAUUCGUUUUGAAGAUGCGACAAGUGACCAAACAAAAAUCAAGUACAUGACAGAUGGUAUGCUGCUACGAGAAUUUUUGACCGAACCAGAUUUAUCGAGUUAUUCUGUGAUGAUUAUCGAUGAAGCUCACGAAAGAACACUGAAUACGGACGUCUUGUUUGGCCUAUUGAAGGACAUUGCACGAUUUCGUCCUGAACUUAAACUCAUAGUUUCAUCUGCGACUCUGGAUGCGCAGAAGUUUAGUGACUAUUUUGAUUAUGCACCUGUUUUUAAAAUUCCAGGACGUAGGUUCCCAGUAGACAUUUGCUAUACUAAGGCACCCGAGUCUGACUAUGUAGAUGCCGCAGUAACAACGGUAUUGCAGAUUCAUUGGACACAACCCCUUGGGCCCUUGAAAAAUCAAGGUGAAGAAGACACUUCUAAAAAUGACCAAAACAUAUUAGAUCGCUCUAAUUUGUCUACUCGUAAUUCAAACCAGCCCCCGGGAGGUGAUAUUUUGGUUUUCUUAACAGGUCAAGAGGAGGUAGAUACGGCAUGCGAACUGCUUGAACAGCGGUUACGCGUGCUUCCAGCGUCCCUACCAGAAUUGAUUAUUUGCAAAAUUUAUGCCUCUCUCCCAUCUGAGCAACAGGCACGUAUUUUUGACCCUACGCCCCUAAAUGCGCGGAAAGUAAUUUUUGCUACGAAUAUUGCUGAAACUUCGGUGACGAUAGAUGGCAUUUCGUACGUUAUCGACUCUGGAUUUUGUAAGCAAAAUACGUUUAAUCCACGUUCUGGUAUGCAUAGCUUGACAGUAACUCCUAUUAGUCGUGCAAGUGCCCAGCAACGGGCAGGGCGAGCAGGUCGCACUGGUCCUGGUAUAUGCUUUCGACUUUUUACCAAGUAUGCAUUCGAAAAUGAAUUAGAAGACUCCACCAUUCCAGAAAUUCAACGAACCAAUUUAUGUAAUGUUGUGUUACUUCUAAAAUCUCUUGGCAUUCACGACCUAGUUCACUUUGACUUUAUGGAUAGGCCUCCUGCUGAAACUCUUAUGCGGGCUUUAGAACAACUCUAUGCAUUAGGUGCUCUCAACGAUCGAGGCGAGCUUACUAAACUUGGUCGUCGAAUGGCGGAACUACCUCUUGAUCCUAUGCUAUCCAAAAUGAUCCUUCAAUCCGAAAAGUAUGGUUGUAGUGACGAGAUGAUCACUUUAAGUGCUAUGCUCAGCGUCGGCGCCAAUAACUUAUUUUAUCGCCCUAAGGACAAAGCCCUUCAUGCAGAUCAUGCCCAUCAUGCUCUCCAUCAACCCAGUGGCGACCACUUGACCCUGAUCUAUAUUUACAAAGAGUGGGUAGAUACCGGCUAUAGCAAUCAGUGGUGUUAUGAAAACUUUAUUCAGUAUAAAACACUUAAAAAGGUUCGUGAUGUUCGUGAGCAGCUUGUUGCACUCAUGGAUCGCGUCGAAAUCUCUUUCAGUUCCAAUUCUGAGGACACCGAAUGUUUGAGAAAAUGUAUCUUAUCUGGGUACUUUUACCAUAGUGCUCAGCUUCAAAAAAAUGGAAGCUAUCAAACUUGGAAGACCCGUCAACAAAUUUACCUUCAUCCUACCAGCUCUUUGUUUCAAUCUGAAAAGCCUUUUAAUUGGAUUGUUUAUCAUGAACUCGUAUUUACUACCAAAGAGUUUGCCAAAAUAGUUAGUCAAAUCCAACCAAAUUGGCUUCUUGAAAUUGCACCUCAUUAUUUUUCUCAGCUCAAGCAAAUCAUUUCGCAUGAUGCUGCCAAACGAAUCAAAACCAAGGGGAAAUCUCAGCUGAUGGUGUGCUGAUUUUUUUUUUGCCUUAUAAAUACAAUAAUUAUUUAAACUCGAUAUAGCCCCUUUUAAUUCGUUUAUACAUCAGCAGCUGGUAGACGACUGCCGCAACAUUCUGUUAGUACUGUCAUUUCUAUCAUGGCACGUACUUGCAGUGGUCUGUGGUACCAUCGUUAUUGUCUAACUUUUAGCCUUUUUCGUUAUGUAUCCACACCCUUCAAUAAACCUAUUUUUCUAAAUUUUAGUAUUGA